AUGUCUUCAGCCAAUAGCUCGUGUAUUCACCCCUCAUCCUUCCUGCUGUUGGGAAUCCCAGGACUGGAAAAUAUACAUUUCUGGCUUGGUUUCCCGUUUUGUAUAGUGUAUCUGGUUGCCCUCCUAGGGAAUGCCAUCAUCCUAACUGUGAUCCAGAUGGAGUGCAACCUCCAUCAGCCCAUGUUCUACUUGUUGGCCAUGUUGGCUCUGACUGAUUUGGGCCUGUCUACUGCCAGCAUUCCUAAAAUGCUGGGCAUAUUCUGGUUUGGCUUCAACAAGAUUGCCUUUGGGGACUGUUUAGUGCAAAUGUUCUUCAUACAUCUCUUUACAGGCAUUGAAACAUUCAUGCUUGUAGCCAUGGCUUUUGAUCGCUAUGUUGCCAUUUGCCACCCUCUUCGAUACAACGCAAUCCUCACCAACAGAGUAAUUUGUAUUAUUGCUGGAGUAGGAAUAAUGAAAAAUUUUGUUUUGAUUUUUCCACUUAUAUUUCUCCUUUUAAGGCUUUCAUUCUGUGGACAUAAUAUUAUACCUCACACCUACUGUGAGCACAUGGGCAUUGCCCGCCUGGCCUGUGUCAGCAUAAAGGUCAAUAUAUUAUUUGGGUUGAUCCUUAUCUCUAUGAUACUUUUGGAUGUAAUUUUGCUUGCUCUCUCCUAUGUAAAGAUUCUCCAUGAUGUCUUUAAACUUCCAUCCUGGGAGGCCAGGUUCAAAGCUCUCAAUACCUGUGGCUCCCAUGUGUGUGUAAUAUUAGCUUUCUUCACUCCAGCCUUUUUCUCCUUUAUGACUCAUCGAUUUGGCCACAAUAUUCCACGUUCUACCCAUAUCCUCCUGGCUAAUUUAUAUGUGAUUAUCCCCCCUGCUCUUAACCCCCUUAUUUAUGGGAUAAGAACCAAGCAGAUCCGAGAUCAAGUCACAGUGAUUUUUUUUAAAGGAAGUUUGACUUUGAACACUUGA